AGAAUGCUCUAGAACGGACUGCGAUUCCCUGCCCGGGGCGCGGGGGGCCUGCGCGGGACGGGGGCGGUUUCAAGUUCUCCGGCCGAGGGGAGCGAAGCGAAGCGGCUUUCCGCUGCCCCGAGGUCCUGCCACGCAGCAGCGCGUUGGGAGCACGCAGUUCUCCAGCUCUAGUGUUCAAAAUAUUGACAUGCAGUUGGGGACAUUUAUGUCAAUACUUGUCUGAAGUGAGGAAAGGCUGCUGCUUGGUUUAUGACACAUCCUGUAUCUGAAGAACAUUCCUGAUGGCAGGCUCCCUAAAACCAAGCCCGAUGUCUGUUCAUGUUGUAGCCUUUGGAAAUGAGAGAGAUGGAUUUUCUGAAGACAAUCAGCAAUCAAGUCUGAUCUGGACCUAUCUUGGGAGAAGUGCUCUCAUUUCAGAGACUGAAAGCAAUUUGCUGCUGAACUCUGCCAACCACACUGGAAACCCUGUGUUUACUGAAUAUCAAGCCUGUGUGUUUGGAAAUGUCAGACUGGUGGUACAUGACUGUCCUCUUUGGGAUAUUUUUGACAGUGACUGGUACACCUCUCAAAAUCUUAUUGGAGGAGCUGAUAUCAUUGUGAUUAAAUACUCUGUAAAUGACAAAUCUUCAUUUCAAGAAGUAAAGGAUAGUUAUGUUCCAAUGAUAAAAAGAGCAUUAAAUCAUUGUACAAUUCCAGUCAUAAUUUCUGCUGUUGGCGCAAGAAAAAGCGAAGUACCUUGUACUUGUCCACUGUGCACUUUAGACAGAGGGAGCUGUGUUACUGCUUCUGAAGGGAUUCAACUCGCUAAAGAACUAGGAGCUACUUACCUUGAAUUGCACAGUCUCAGUGAUUUCUAUAUAGGAAAAUAUUUUGGAGGAGUGUUGGAGUAUUUUAUGAUCCAAAGCUUGAAUCAGAAGUCAUCUGAAAAAAUGAAGAAAAGAAAAAAAAGCCACAAGUGCCAUGGAGUUAAACCACCUCAGCUUGAACAGCCAGAAAAAAUGCCAAUCUUAAAAGGUGAAGUCUCGCAUUAUAACUCCGAUUUACAUAACUUGCUGAUCUGCUGCCAGUGUGUGGAUGUGAUAUUUUACUCGGAAGAUUUAAAGGAAGUAGUAGAAGCACACAAGAUUGUUUUGUGCUCUGUAAGCCAUGUCUUCAUGUUACUUUUCAAUGUGAAGAGUCCAGCUGAUAUUCAGGAUUCCUCUAUCAUAAGAACUGCACAGACUCUCUUUGCAGUGAACAGUGAGGCUGUGUUUCCAGUUUCUAACAGAGGUUCACCAUGCGGCCCACCGGUUAGAGUCAUUGUUAAAGACUCUUUCUUCUGUUUUUGUUUGUCAGACAUUCUGCACUUCAUUUACUCAGGUGCUUUCCAAUGGGAAUUGUUGGAAGAAGAUAUAAAAAAGAAGUUGAAAGACCCAGGAGAAGUUGAGCUUGUGCUUGAGAAAGUUAAAUGUAUCCUGAAAACUCCAGGAAAGGUGAAUAGUUCAAAGAAUUGCAGAUCUCAUCAGACAGCAAGACCCUUGCAGUUAUGUGAUACUUCUCUCAGGCUUUUCUUUAACACACAUGUGUUAGCUGAUGUCAUCUUCCAAAUACAAGGUGCUACUGUACCAGCCCACAGAGCAGUUCUAGUGGCUCGCUGUGAAGUAAUGGCAGCUAUGUUUAAUGGAAGUUAUAUAGAAGCAAAUAGUUUUCUGGUUCCAGUUUAUGGGGUUUCCAAAGAUACUUUCCUCUCCUUUCUAGAGUAUCUGUAUACUGACUCCUGUUGUCCAGCCAGUAUUUUGCAAGCCAUGUCUCUCUUGAUUUGUGCUGAGAUGUAUCAGGUAUCCAGACUCCAGCAUAUCUGUGAGCUUUAUAUCAUCACACAGCUGCAGAGUAUGCCUAGUAGGGAAUUAGCAUCUACAAGUCUUAGCGUUGUCAGCUUGCUCAGAAAAGCCAAGUUUCACAACUCUGACUGCCUUUCAACUUGGCUCCUUCAUUUUAUAGCCACUAACUACCUCAUCUUCAGUCAAAAGCCUGAAUUUCAAGAUCUUUCAGCGGAAGAGCGCAAUUUUGUUGAGAUGCACAGAUGGCCUUCCAGUAUGUACUUGAAACAGCUUGCAGAUUACAGGAAUUACAUCAACUCCCAGAAAUGCCACUGCAUAGUAAUGUAACCAGAAGAUGAUUAUUCAUAAACUGGAGAAUUACAGGCUGGGAAUUACAUGGAGGCUAUUAAAACUGUAGCAGGGAUGAAAAUAAAUAUUUAAGUCCUGCUGUACUCUA